UCGGCCGCCGGCGUCCUGCUGCCAGUAGUCGAGGAGCGGAAGCCGCUUUCCUGAAGCGGGCUUGGGUGCUCCAGAGCCCGGCCGGCUGCUGAGCCGCAGCUUCCGGCAGCCGCGGCAACGGCUAGGCGCGGGGCGCGGGCGCCCCGAGGACCCCGUAACCGGGCGGGCGCCCCGAACGGGCAACCCAGCCGAGGGAGGUGGCCGUGGCGGUCGCGCUCGGGCGCCCCGUGCGCCGCGCUCCAUGCCCGUGUGGUGCUGCCGCUGCUCCCUGGCCGGUCAUUUCAGAAAUUGAUGAGCAGAUCCUAAAAGUCACAUGGAAUUACAAGGAACCCAGAAUAGCCAAGACAAUCUUGAAAAAAGAACAAAGUUGGAGGAUUCACACUUCCUAAUUUUACAACUUACUACAAAGAAACUGUAAUCAAGACAGUGUGACGUUGGCAUAAAGAUAAACAUAGAUCAAUGGAAUAGAAUUGAGAGUCCAGAAAUAAUUCCCUUCAUUUGUUGUCAGUUGAUUUCUGUGGGAUCCCAAGACAAAAGGGAAAUAUCAGUCUUUUCAACAAAUGAUGCCAGGACAGAUGGAUAUUCACAAGCAGAAGAAUGAAGUUGGACUGCUACCUCAUACUAUAUAUAAAAGUUAACUCAAAAUGGAUGAAAGACCUAAAUUUAAGAACUAGAACUGUAAAACUCAUAGAAGAAAACAGAAACUAUAGUGACCCUGAAACUGAAGGAGAGAUUUUUAAUUCCUUAGUGCAAUAUUUUGGUGAUAAUUUGGGGAGAAAAGUUAAAGCUAUGCCAUUAGUUGAAGAAACUUCUUUACUUGAAGAUUCAUCAGUGACUUUGCCUGUGGUAGUAAUAGGAAAUGGACCCUCAGGAAUCUGCCUUUCUUAUAUGCUGUCAGGCUACAGACCAUAUUUAUCAUCAGGAGCAAUACAUCCAAACACAAUCUUACAUAGCAAAUUAGAAGAAGCGAGACAUCUUUCCAUUGUUGAUCAGGACUUAGAGUACUUGUCUGAGGGCCUUGAGGGUCGAUCAUCCAAUCCUGUUGCAGUACUUUUCGACGCACUUCUUCAUCCAGAUGCUGACUUUGGGUAUGAUUAUCCAUCCAUUUUGCAUUGGAAAUUAGAACAGCAUCAUUAUAUCCCUCACUUAGUUCUUGGUAAAGGUCCACCUGGUGGAGCUUGGCAUAAUAUGGAAGGCUCUAUGUUGACAAUCAGCUUUGGAAAUUGGAUGGAGCUACCUGGACUUAAAUUUAAAGAUUGGGUAUCUAGCAAACGAAGGAACCUAAAAGGGGAUCGAGUUAUGCCAGAGGAAAUAGCUCGCUACUAUAAACAUUAUGUAAAAGUCAUGGGUCUUCAGAAGAAUUUCAGAGAGAAUACUUACAUUACCUCUGUAUCAAGACGCUACAGAGAUCAAGUUGAUAAUGAUGGUCAAGACAGAGAUAUUUCAACACAGCAUUUACAGAUAGAGAAGUCAAAAUUUACCAAGAGAAACUGGGAAAUCAGGGGUUAUCAGCGAAUAGGAGAUGGUUCCCAUAUUCCCUUCUGUCUCUUUGCUGAAAAUGUAGCUCUGGCAACUGGAACAUUGGAUUCUCCUGGCCGUUUGGAAAUUGAUGGGGAAGAUUUUCCUUUUGUGUUUCAUUCAAUGCCUGAAUUUGGAGCCGCUAUAAGCAAAGGAAAGUUGUGUGGCAAAGUGGAUCCAGUGUUAAUUGUAGGUUCUGGGCUUACCGCAGCUGAUGCAGUACUGUGUGCUUACAACAAUAAUGUCCCUGUGAUUCAUGUAUUUCGCAGACGAGUAACUGAUCCAAGCUUAAUUUUCAAACAGCUUCCCAAAAAGCUUUAUCCAGAAUACCAUAAAGUCUAUCAUAUGAUGUGUACUCAGUCAUAUUCUUUAGACUCAAAUCUUUUAUCUGAUUAUACCAGUUUUCCUGAGCACCAUGUGCUUUCCUUUAAGUCGGACAUGAAAUGCAUUCUUCAAAAUAUCUCUGGAUUGAAGAAAAUAUUUAAGCUCUCUGCAGCAGUAGUGUUGAUAGGUUCUCAUCCCAAUCUGUCUUUUCUGAAGGAGCAAGGGUGUUACCUGGGCCACAACUCAAGCCAGCCAAUCACAUGUAAGGGUAAUCCUGUGGAAAUAGAUGCAUAUACAUAUGAGUGUGUUAAAGAAGCCAACCUUUUUGCAUUGGGUCCUUUGGUUGGAGACAAUUUUGUUCGAUUUUUAAAGGGAGGGGCACUGGGUGUUACACGCUGUUUAGCUACAAGACAGAAGAAAAAAAAGCAUUUAUUUGUUGAAAGAGGAGGAGGAGAUGGGAUAGCUUAGAGCAGGUUUACAAGUAAUUUAUAUGAACACUUUACCAUUAAAGAUUUUUAAUAGUGGUUUUACAGUGUACUGGCUUGAAUUUUCUGAACUUGAAUUAACUGGGAGAGCCUCAAGCUAUAGUAACUAUUUUUUAAAGUUACCAGAAUUUGGUGUCCUGAUUACAUUAUAAUGUAUCAAAGGUGUCAAUUGUCAGACAAAUAGAAACACUGCCAAUUUGGUAUACUUUUAAGUUCUCACUUAACUAAAACAUUCUUUUCUUCCAAGACUUAUUUUUUGUGAUCAUUGUUGGUUAUUUAUGUUUGAUUACAAAAUAUAACAGCAUUGAAUCUAUAAAACCACAGUCAUUAGGCCAGAGGUUUCCCUCACUUUAUAUAUUGGGUCACCUUGCUGCUCAAAGGGUGGUUCAAAGAUAGCAUCAGCUUCAUUUGUGGCUUGUUAGAAAGGUAGACUCUCAGGACCCACAACAGACUUACUGAAUCAGAAAUUACAUCUUAAUGAGAUCCUCAAGGAAUAUGUAUGCUUAUUAAAGGUUGAGACACACUGGUCUAAAAGAAAAUGGGAUGUAAAGGUAUAGAUGCUGAGGGUGGGUGGAAAUAGAGGGCAUAUACUACUCAGGUUUUAUUUAUUUUGAAAUUAUCAAUUGUAUAAAUCUAAUUUAUUAACAAAUAUGAUGGGCUUUUAAAAUUUUUUAUUGUUGAAACCUUGACAGGUAAUUCAUAGUUUCAGCUUCUAUUUAAACAGUCCAUAUACUGAGACAUCCAGGAACCUGCUGAGAUAUUUUUUAGAGAUAUAUUCUCUAGUUAACUAGCAUAAUACUUAAACUAAUUUGCAGUUCAAUAAAUUUUGAAUGGAACUAUUUAUUCCUUUGUGAACACUGAGUUAAUUUCUGUCACUGAGACUUAAGGUAUUUGGGCAAAAGUACUUAUAAUAUUGCAAUACUUUUUGAGUAUUACCCAAAUUAUUAAACAUUAAAAUUGAAAAAGUUAAAAACCGUCUUUUCUAUUCUCAAGAUGAUUACUUUGAAAUUUGUUCAUUGGAGAUGACAUAGCAUUUAAUCCUGUGGUUAUUUUUUGAAUUAUAUGUUCUAUCUUGAUUUAUAUUUAAGUGUGCUUAAUGUCUUGUGUUUUCAUGCAAAUGCCCAGAAAUUUAAUAUUAGACAAGAAAAGUGUUACUUGUGAAGUUCUCCAUGGCAAAUUGAAUUUCUCAAGUCUUUUUCUCUCUGUUACUUU